UGCAAAGCCACGAACCUGGCUGGAACCGCUGAAAGUGAAGCUAAGUUCGCUGUUGAAUGCGCUACGGAGAUGCCAAAAUUCUUGGAAGGCCUACAGGAAUUAUCAGUUCAGGAAGCUGAAACCGCACAACUUUCGGUAACUGUGGUAGGAAAACCAGAACCUGAGGUUGCUUGGUUUAAAGACGGUGUUCCAGUGAACAUCGAUAAUGAGCACGUUUUGUCGAGGAAAGACGAAAAAGGACAUUAUACACUAAUAUUAAAAGAUGCAGGCUUUGAAGAUAUUGGCACCUACUCAUGUAAAGCGAGCAAUCAGUUUGGAACCGCUGAAACUCAGGCCAAAUUUGCUGUGCUAUCAGAAUUGGUGCCACCGUCGUUCACUGAAAAAAUUGGUGAAUUAGAAGUGCCAGAACAUGAGAAGGCAGAAUUGUCAUGUAUCGUAGUCGGCAAACCGGAACCGCAAGUGAAAUGGAUGAAGGAUGGUGUUGAGGUACAUAUUGACAACACACAAAUAUUCCAGAAAAGUGAUGAAACGGGCCGGCAAACGUUGAUAAUCAAUGAAGUUAAUAAGACAGAUUUUGGUACCUAUACGUGUGUGGCAACCAACCAGGCUGGUACCGCUGAAACAGUAGGUCAGCUAAAUUUCCCGAAAUAUAGCUCUGAAAAAGUGCCGGAAGAAGUGACUAAGCCGUUCUUUAUUGAACCGCUCGAAACACACAGUGUUCAGGAAGGUGAGACGGUUGUUCUCGAAUGCCGAGUGAAUGAGGAAUCAAAACCGGAGAUUCAGUGGUACCUGGAUGAUAAACCAAUCCAACCAAGUGAACAUCUUUUAGUUGAAAAACUCGAGAGCGGUACUCUGAAGCUGACAAUCCAAAACGCUAGCAAAGAGGACGUUGGAACAUAUCGAUGUGAGGCGAUCAAUAUGUCCGGAAAAGCAGCUACUGCAGCAAAACUGAAUUUUGCAACUGGUGCUGAAGAAGUUGUUGAAGACGAGUCCGCUUUGUUAGGAUUUAUCGAACCGCUAACAGAUGUUGCUGCCCAAGAAGGUACCACAGCAGAGCUGCUGUGUGCCAUAAGCACUGCAAGAGGCGAUAUCCAGAUACACUGGUACAAAGAUGGUGCCGAAUUGUUGCCACAGCAGGCGAUCAUGGAACGCCUGGAAGAUGGUACAAUUAAACUGAAAAUUGAUAAAGUAACGGCCGAGGAUGUUGGAACAUACAGAUGUUCAGCUUCGAUCGGUGAUGCAUUUGCGUGGACCGAAGGAAAACUUACUGUUUCAGGUAAAGCAAAAGAAAUUAUCGAGGGUGAAGGACCGCCCGAAUUCAUCGAACUUCUGAAAUCCUGUACUGUAACCGAAACAGCUGAAGCUGUCUUGCGAUGUAAACUGGAGCAAACUGACCGUAUGAAAAUGGAAUUUUGCGAUGAUGGUACCAUUGUGCUGACAGUCAAAGAUGCCCGAAAAGAGGAUAGUGGUGAAUACCGAUGCGAUGCUUCGAAUGACCAUGGUGCAGCUUGGACAACUGCGCCUCUCAAAGUCGCUACUGAGGAGGAAUUACCAGCAGGUGGCGAAGCACCUGAUUUCACUGAACCCGUCAGACCAGUUACUGUCACUGUUGGUGAAACAGCAGUUCUCGAAGGCAAAGUUGUCGGUGAACCAAAGCCGGAGAUCAGGUGGUACUGUGGUGAGAAUAUGGUCAAGGAAAAUGCACGGAUCACAAUGGAAAGCUUGCCUGAUGGUACCCAAAAGCUUAUUUUCAAGAAUGCAACGAUUGAAGAUACAGAUGAAUACAGAUGUGUGGCAAGUAAUGAAUUUGGUGAUGUGUGGAGCGAUGCUACCCUUAAAGUGCAAGUACCAGUCACGGUAGAGGAGGAAGGUGCUAUCGAGCUUGCAGCUCCAACAUUCCUCAAAACGCUCCAAGACACGAGCGUCAACGAAUCGGAGCAAGUUGUACUGGAGUGCAAAAUUGUUGGUGAACCAAUGCCUGAAGUUAAGUGGUUUAAGGAUAAGCAAGAAAUCAAAGCGGAUGAUGCUCAUUUCAAGAAGGAAACACUUCCGGAUGGUAUCGCACGGUUGACCAUUGACUCUGCUACAAAGGCUGAUGCUGGUGAAUUCCGAUGUGAGGCGCAAAAUUCUUCGGGAACGGCGCGAGCUGAAGCACAGCUAAAUGUUCUGUAUGCAUUUGAAGCACCGGUAGAGAGCGAAAUUUCACCAGAGUUUGUCCAAGAGUUACAGCCAGUUCAGGCAACUGAAGGGCAACAGAUUGCAUUUGAGUGCAGCGAUUUGUUAAUUUUAAUUUUUCUAAUUUUCAGAGUAGCCGGUGUUCCCGUGCCAAAGGUGAAAUGGUUCAGGGAUGGUGAAGAGGUAGUGCCAAGUGAGCAUGUUCGUGUAGAAAGUUUCCCCGAUGGUACCAAUCGUUUGACUGUUGACUCGGUCAGUGUCGAGGAUCAGGGCAACUACCGAUGCGAAGCAACCAACAACGCUGGUUCGAUGAGCUCCAAAGCUCCGCUGACUGUUAAUGCCCUAGAAGUAUUAAAACUGAAGAAGGGCCUGGAAGAUAAAACGGUACAAGUUGGAACGAAGCUUAGCCUAUACGUUGAGGUAGAAGGACAACCAAAAGUUGUAAAAUGGUUCCGUGGAAAAGACGAAAUUAAAUCCAACAGGCGAAUCAAAAUUGAACAGGUUGCUCAAGAAUACAGUCUGGAGGUUGAAAAAGCGGAAAAAUCAGAUGAAGGUCCAUAUCGUGUGGUGCUAUCCACGGAAACCGAAACUGUUGAGUCAUCUUGUACGGUAACUGUAACGGAAGGACAAGUCACACCAACCUUCAAAAAGGGACUUCAGGAUCAGAGCGUUCCAAAAGGAUCA